AUGGCAACACCUUUCCAAACAGAAGCUUGGACAGAGUAUGGACUUGGGGUAUUAGUUAUCCUUCUUCGCAUAUUUUCGAGGUGGAAAAUUGUUGGUUUCAACUGGCAAGGCGAUGACUACUUCGCUGUCCUUUGUCUUAUUUUCUGGACACUUGAGCUGGUAAUGUUGGAGCUCAUUGGCCAGAAUGGAACCAACAUCGGAAUCACGGACGAUAUCGGCGCCACAUUGACGGCAGACAAGAUUGCGCAGCUUGAGUUCGGCUCCAAGUGCCUGCUGGCGGGCUGGAACUUUUACGUUACUCUUAUCUGGUGCUUAAAGGCUUGCAUCCUGUUCUUCUUCAGCCGCAUCACGCUUGCAACAAGCCAGCAAAGGGUUGUCAAGUGGACAGCUAUUGCAACCAUUUUGGCCUACAUGGGGGUGAUUCUUGUGAUCUGGUGUCAUUGCACCCCGGUCCACAAGAAUUGGCAGGUGGUUCCUUUCCCAGGAGAUCAGUGCACCCUGGCUGUGGCCAACUAUCUGAGUUUGGUGGUGCUCAAUAUAUCUACGGACAUGCUCAUUGUAUCGAUACCGUUACCUCUACUAUGGGCGGUCAAACUCAGUCUCAAAAGGAAGUUGGCCAUCGGUGUACUGCUUUGCUCAGGAGUUUUCGUGAUGAUUGCAGCAUUGCUUCGCUGCAUCUUAUCGCUGAAGGACAUUGAUGGCAUCAAUGUCAGCACCAUCUGGGCGAUCAGAGAAACAUUCGUCGGAAUUAUUGCAGUCAAUGCAGCGUGUAUCAGACCACUCUUCUCUGGGUCACGUUGGCUGAGAUCAUCCAAGGGAAGUAGUGGGACGAACCAGAAAUACUCUGGCUUCAGCGAUAAGGAUGGCCAUCAACUGGUUACAAUAGGGGGUGGUGGACAGAGCGUUGAUCGAUCCGGUAAACCUUCUAAGAGACGUCAUAACAAGUAUAACAUGACCGAGCUGGACAUCAACUCGAGCGAGGAACAGAUUGUUACGCCCUCUGAGCCGGCCUGGUCUGCGAAAGGCGGCCGUGGCAACACUCCAGCCAGUAGUUCAAGCGGACAACAAGGAGGAAUCGUUGUUACGACGACGUACGAGGUGAAACCUGGAAACAAGAUAUGA